AUGUAUUCAACAGCUUCCUUGAUACCGCGGGUCCUCACCACUUUAUUCGUCUUCUGCCUCAUCUACCAACUUCCCUGGGGAGAGUCGGAUUAUGCGAGGGCCAAGUUGCAACUAAGCAACCAUGCCAACCCAACAGCGUCUUCCAAUACCCAGAAAUCACCACUGGGAAACAGCAAUGACGCCGGCCCCGAUCCGUCGCUUGACUACGCAAAAACACACAUACAUUAUGGACAAGCACAGUGCAUGCCGGCUUUCGGAAACGACUGGAAGCAGCGUGUAGCCGCACAAAGAGAGUCCUGCGCCAAGCAUGCCCCGUUCAACAUGGCCGAAACACGCCGCACAGCAAUCGCAUCCAUCACAACCGGGAAACCACAAGAAGCAUAUCUCCGUGCGAUUCGAACGCAAAUGUUCCACAGUGCAGUCCACAAAACAUCCACACAUAUCUUGUGCGAAACCCUCGUUGACGGUGCUUGGAACAAGAUUGCCUUUCUUCUCAACCUUGUAUUAAACGAGUUGCAGAAACCAAAAGAGUCGCGUCUGGAAUGGAUCAUGUGGAUCGAUCGCGAUGUCAUUGUUCUCGACCCUUGCCGCCCCUUGUCAAGCUACCUGCCCCCAGACACGGCCGAAUUCCACGACAUCAACUUCAUCGCCAGUCACGACACUGUGGGGCUCAACGCCGGCAUGUUCUUGUUCAAGGUAAAUCAGUGGUCUGUCAAUCUUUUCAGCGCAGUCCUCGCAUUCCGCUACUACCGGCCCGACGAAGCAAUAGACUAUGCCGAACAGACAGCCAUGGACAAGAUUCUCCAGACCGACGCGUGGUUUCCCGGCGUCGCGCAGGUGCCGUGGUACUGGUUCAAUGCGUAUCCCGACGAGAAAAACAGUAUAGAAGUCUACAUGGAUGGGUCGCGUCCAAAGGAUCUCGAGUGGUUCCGUGCUAGGAAGGGUGACUUUGCCGUGCAUUUUGCUGGCGAUGACGGCAGAUCUCAACGCAUGGUGUGGUGGCUUGACGCCAUUGAGAAUAUGGACGUGUGGAAAAAUGGUGAUGCCAAAGUCGACGUUACCGCUGAGAUCAACGAAUACUGGCAUGCCUAUCGCAAUAAAAAUCUCACGGACGAGCAAAAGGCAGGCGUCAUCUCCAAUCGGAUCAAGCCCGAUGAGCAGUAACGGCUGCAGUUAUGAGUUUUCUUUGUUACAUUCCUUGUAUAUACGUGUUGAAUGUGUCAUGAUCUACACAUACGAUAGACUUUCUUAUC